AUUAUUUAGGAUUUGUACAAAAAUUUUAACAAGGAUUUUGAGUCGACUUUCGUUGAGCAUGAGCCGUUGUAGUUUUUCGGGGUGAAGUGGAGAGUCAUAGGCCAUUGUUACUGUAUGACUGUCAAAAUUGCAAGCACUUAAAACUUAAUUAAUCUUUGUCUAAGGAUCCCUCCCAUGGCUCUCUCCACCGUCUCCACUCUAUCUGGGACUUUUCUACCUCCUCUUCACGCCACAUCUCUCCCCAGGACUAAUGUUACUGAGAAUCUCGCCAUUGAUGGACGAAACUUGAGCUUCUCUAUCGCGACCAAACAAGGUCAAACCGUGCCAAUUCUAAAGGAUUGCUCACUUCGCAUUCCCUUGGGGCAAUUUUGGAUGCUUCUUGGUCCCAAUGGGUGUGGAAAGUCGACUCUUCUUAAGAUUUUGGCUGGUCUUUUGAGUCCAACAAAAGGAGCUGUCUUUGUGGAAAUGCCUAAGAGUUAUGUUUUCCAAAACCCAGACCAUCAGGUCGUGAUGCCUACAGUGGAAGCAGAUGUUGCAUUUGGCCUAGGUAAGUUCGACCUUACCUGUGAUGAAGUCAAACUUAGGGUGUCAAAAGCUUUGGAUGCUGUCGGCAUGCUAAGCUACCAACAGCGGUCAGUUCAAACUCUCAGUGGUGGUCAGAAGCAAAGGGUUGCUAUUGCUGGUGCUUUAGCUGAAGCAUGUAAAGUUCUCUUGUUGGAUGAGCUUACAACAUUUUUGGAUGAAACUGAUCAGCUUGGUGUAAUUAAAGCAGUAAGGAACUCUUUAGAUAGUUCUGAAGAUGUUACAGCAUUAUGGGUGACACAUCGCUUGGAGGAGCUUGAGUAUGCAGAUGGUGCAGUCUAUAUGGAAAAUGGGAGAGUUGUCAAGCAUGGAGCUGCAAAAACCAUUUUGGAUUUCAUUAAAGGCAGGCAAUCAGCUUAUAUCAAGCAAAUCAAUUCUUGAUAAACUUUUUGGCCCUCCUGCUAUUUAAAGUCAUUUUUCUGGCAAAUAUUUAUAGACAUUCUAUAGUUCUGUGAAUAACUAUAGAUUCUCUAUAGUUCUGGUAUAUAUUUCUUUCUUCA